AUGGCCCUGAAACGUACUCGCGCCGCGCUCGAGGCCGAUCUUCAAGCAGAGCAAUCCCCAUACGCCUUUUAUGGAACCCCGUUACCACCACUUGACGAGGGGGUUCGUGAUGACGGGUCCUUUGUGCCAAUAUGGAAGCAGGAACUUAGGGACGAACAUGGGAGCAAACGUCUUCAUGGCGCUUUCACCGGUGGAUUCAGCGCGGGGUACUUCAACUCUGUCGGCUCGAAGGAAGGAUGGACCCCUGCGGCUUUUGUCUCAUCUCGCCAGAACCGUGCCAAGAAGGCCGAACAGCAACGACCCGAGGAUUUUAUGGACGCGGAUGACCUGCGAGAACAGGAAGAAGCCAGGCAACUACAGACUGCCGAUGAAUUCGCCGGUUUUGGCUCGACCGAGCUAGAUGCUACACGCAGAGCAGGACUCAUGGAUAUAUUGAAAACCGGCGGAGAAACCAUGGGAGUGAAGCUCUUGAAAAAGAUGGGUUGGCGAGAAGGUCAAGGGAUCGGGCCUAAGGUGCGACGCAAAGCCAAUCUGGAUGAAAGCUCUGCUCCAGGUGGUGAUGCGGAGGAAACAUACCUUUUUGCUCCCGAAAACCCACCUAUGGUUGCCUUCAUUCGCAAGACCGACCGCAAAGGUCUUGGCUUCGAGGGCGAAUCGCGCCUAGAGUCUCACAAUGCUUUGCAGCCCAUCCCAGAUGUUGAGGAAUCAGAUUCUUUCUUUGGGGGGCGAUUGGCCAUUCAAGGGAAAGGUCCCACAAAGCCGAAGGAAUCACGACGGGGAGGACUUGGGGUUGGCCCUCUCAAUGACACUGGGUCGGACGACGAGGAUCCUUAUUCUCUAGGUCCACAGAUCUCAUAUAACAAGACAAUUGGAGGUGAUAAGAAGAAGAAGAAAAAGGUCAAACCGGAACCAACAAUCGCGUCAUCCAACCCACUAUUGAAUUCAAAGCCUGUGUUCAUAUCGAAGAAGGUAGCGGCAUCACGCGGGAUUGGAGGUUUCAGAAAGUGCCGUGACGGACGCCUCCCGCUAGAUGGAUUCAUUCUUGCUGAUGGAAUGACGGGACUGUCAAUUUCAGAGAAGAAAUACGAUCCUCCUGUGAUACCGGAAAACUGGAAACCAGCGAAGGAACUUUCGUCAGAAAAACGAGAUCAAUCGACUUAUGUCUCUACAGCUGACGCCGCAAAAGCCUCGUCGCUUAAUCCCACGUCUAGAGCAGCACUUCUGGGCGAGGCUCAACUGCCUGGGAAGUCUAUUUUUGAUUACAUGACCCCUGAGGCACGAGAUAAGAUCGCCAAACUUACCGGCAACGCCAAUUUACCUCCGGCUUUAGGAGAAAAAGCACCCGAAGGAUACAAACUUCCCGAAUCACAAAGGCGCAAGGAUCUUUGGGACCUCGUGCCCAAACUCGACAAACAAAUUGCCGCCCAAGCCCUAGCUCGGGCCGUUAGUGGGUGGAUGCCUUACCAGGAAGAUGAGAAAAAGCGUGCACGCUACCAAAUAUUCCUUGAAGUUAGUGCUGGGACUCGCUCUACCCUCCCAGAACGGGUGGAAGGGUCUAGCACCGAUGACUGGGUUAUAGAGAUGCAAGAAUUUGGCCGAGCUGCAGAGGUCUUCAAACCCAUGUCCGGAGUUAUGGCAUCCCGAUUUACCUCCUCGUCCACCGCGCCCAAGCUUGUCUCAGAUGCCCCUGACUCUGCAGAAUCUGGGCUUAGUAGACCCGCUGAAAAGCCAGACGAUCCUGCAGUAGCAGCUGCCAAAAUUGGCAUGUUCGGCCCAAUGACCCGAAGCACAACCCCCUUUUACCCAUCUCGUCUUCUAUGCAAGCGUUUCAACGUCAAACCACCGGAGAAUGUGCAACUUGACCCCGGCGAACGGCCUGGGGCCUCCAGUUCUGGACCUGGCACGCGCUUCCAGUCCGCCGGAUUCCAAGCCGAUACCGGGCCCAAGCCAUUAGUGUCGCAGGAUAUCAUGAACCAACUUCUCAUAGACUCGUUAGGCUAUCUCCCCACAGCAGAUGGCCUUGAUCCAUCUGCAAGUGGUCAGCCUGCUAUUGCUGCACCACCCCCGGUAGUUGUUGAACCUGAGCGCAAUGAUGCCCUGGAGGCAGAGCGGCCCGGCGAUGCUGUUUUUAAAGCUAUCUUUGGAAGUGAUGACGAAGAUGAUUAG